GGAUGAAGACAUUUUACCUUUGACCCUUGAAGAGAAAGAAAACAAAGAAUACUUAAAAUCUUUAUUUGAAAUUUUGAUUCUUAUGGGAAAACAAAACAUCCCUCUGGAUGGGCAUGAAACUGAUGGGCUCCCAGAGGGACUCUUUACUCCUGAUAACUUCCAAGCACUGCUGGAGUGCCGGAUCAAUUCUGGCGAAGAGGUUCUGAGAAAGCGCUUUGAGACAACAGCAGUUAACACGUUGUUCUGCUCGAAAACACAGCAGAAGCAGAUGCUAGAGAUCUGCGAGAGCUGCAUUCGGGAGGAAACCCUCAGGGAAGUGAGAGACUCCCACUUCUUCUCCAUCAUCACUGACGACGUAGUGGACAUAGCGGGGGAAGAGCACUUGCCCGUGCUGGUGAGGUUUGUCGACGAGUCUCAUAACCUGAGAGAGGAAUUUGUGGGCUUCCUGCCUUACGAAGCCGAUGCAGAAAUUUUGGCUGUGAAGUUUCACACCACGAUAACUGAGAAGUGGGGACUGAACAUGGAGUACUGUCGUGGCCAGGCUUACAUUGUGUCCAGUGGAUUUUCUUCCAAAAUGAAAGUUGUUGCUUCUAGGCUUUUAGAGAAAUAUCCCCAAGCUGUCUACACACUUUGCUCUUCCUGUGCCUUAAAUAUGUGGUUGGCAAAAUCCGUGCCUGUUGUGGGAGUAUCUGUUGCAUUAGGAACCAUUGAGGAAGUCUGUUCUUUCUUCCAUCGAUCUCCACAACUGCUUUUAGAGCUUGACAAUGUCAUUUCUGUCCUCUUUCAGAACAAUGAGGAAAAGGGUAAAGAACUCAAGGAAAUUUGCCAUUCUCAGUGGACAGGCAGGCAUGAUGCUUUUGAAAUUUUAGUGGACCUCCUACAAGCACUUGUUUUAUGUUUAGAUGGUAUAAAUAGUGACACA